AUAAAAGUCCGGAGUAACACGUUCAGACCUGGUCUAGCAAUAGACACAAACUAAGCGAAUACAUAGAUUAUUGAGAGAUAUCGUCGGAGUGCCUUUAUGGGGGGAUUGAUGACUGAUGGCUGCAGACCAUGUGUUGUUGUAUGGGCUGUAUUUCUUCUGUCCUCCGUCAUGGGAUACAGACCAGUUAUUGUUGUCCACGGGAUAUUAGAUGGACCCAGACAGUUUGAUAUUUUGGCUAAAUUUAUCAAUCAGUCUCAUCCAGGUACCAAAGUGACCACACUAGCACUUUAUGACUACAUUAGCAGUAUGAAGCCACUUUGGCAACAGGUAGAUGGAUUCAGAGAGGCCGUCAGACCCAUCAUGGAGAGCGCUGAUGAUGGUGUCCAUCUCAUCUGCUUCUCACAAGGUGGAUUGAUAUGCCGAGGACUUCUUGCAACCCUGCCGACGCACAAUGUUCACUCUCUGAUAUUACUGUCUUCACCACUAGCUGGACAGUAUGGAGAUUCAUCUUAUUUGAAAUAUUUUUUCCCUAAAUUUAUCAAGUCAAGACUGUACAAUUUUUGUUACACUACAUACGGACAACGGAUAUCUAUCUGCAAUUACUGGAAUGAUCCACACCAAAGAGAGAGAUACUUAAAAAGCAGCAUCUAUCUCGCCCCACUGAAUGGAGAAAUAGAGCAUGCCAAUUCAACAGCGUGGCGAGACAGUUUCUUGCGCAUACAGAAGCUGGUGCUGAUCGGUGGACAAGAUGACGGCGUUAUUACACCAUGGGAGUCAAGUAUUUUUGGGUUUUAUGACAGUAAUGAAACUGUGGUUGAGAUGGAAAAGCAGGAUUGGUAUCUGAGAGAUGCUUUUGGCUUGAAAACACUGAACUCAGAGGGAGCCGUGGUCAAGUGUGUCGUCCCUGGUGUACACCAUACUUCCUGGCAUUCAAACCUCACAGUUUACAAGAACUGCAUAGACAAGUGGCUCACCUAAUCUAAGGAGAAGGACAAAAGGAAACUGAUCUUGUUACAUGCAUAUGCACAAUCCUCAAUGUAAUCAUGUAUCAUGUAGAUUAUGAUUGUAAACGUAUUAAUCACCUAAGAUUUUUUAUUUUUGCUGACAUAAUGUGAUCCAUUUUUUUCUAUAGUUAAAGUUUGCUAUAUAAUAUAUAGUUUUCUAUCUAUUUUCUAGUUUUCUAAUCAUUUUGAAUAUUGUAGGAAAGUUAUUCUGUCCUGCCACCACAGAUAAUCCAAGUCUAAUGUUCAAUUUUAACAAAUGAAAUUAUAAAAUAAAUUAAUAAAUUGUUAUAAAAAAUGCAA